AUGCGACUGAAGGUCGCUGAAGCGGAGGAGGCGGUUUUGGAGGCCGUGGUUGCGGAGGCGACCAAGCUGGGAGAGGCCUGGUCGGAAGGUGCGUGUCGCAAGGUGACCCCGGACCUGGGCACGUUCCUCGAUGCUGCUGUGACGGAGUCUCCCGAAGAGGCCCAAGCAAUCCGCGCGGAGGAAGAGGCACGCAAGCAAGCCGAGCGACAAGAGCGGGCCAGGUGGUGUCCCCCGAGUCCUGAUCGCCUGGCGCUGUGGCUUCGGGCGGGCGCAAGCUUGACGCUAUGCGAUGCAGCGAGGCAGACUUCUGUAGCUCAGCUCUGUGAGGCAGCCGUGCUGUGCGUCCGGGAGGCAGCCCAGGAUGCCUUGGAAGCUGCGGCGGCUGCUGAUGAGGCGAGCAAGGAGGAAGCGACAGACGACAAAGCAUGUCGUGCCCAGGAGCUGGACGAAGGCUGCGCAGCAGCUCUUCGGUUCAUACUCUCUGAGGCACCUGCCACCGUGCUCGUGGAAGAUGCCUUGGGCAGGAGCUGCAUCGUCAUCAUGGCCGAGGCCUUCGGCUUCAUCGCAGAUCUUCCGAAGCCAAAUUUGGGGGAGGAGCCGAAGGCCACGCUUCGCGCCCUUUGUGACGGAAUCGGGCUCUGCUUCUCCAAAUCACCUUCCACCCUGCUGUGGUGUUUGAGGAGCAACGAGAGCCUCCGGCUUGCGUCAGAGGCGAUAGCUGAGCACUACAAGGAUGCCGAGGACAAGCCGGCCCCACUUCUCCGACUGCUCGAUUGGAUCGAGGUUGUGAUGGGUGGUGCGUGGGAGGUGGCUACAGAAGAAAGUGACGUGCUGUCGCGUGCGGUUGUGGAAGCCGACUUCUUUGAUGUGGAGGAGAUGGUCGACACAUCGAUACGGCUUCGCAACUUCACAGACAAGAUGGAGCAGAAAGUCCAGGAAUGGAAGGCAGAGGAGGCGGAGCUGAAGUUGCUGGAGUUCGAGGCGCGCUGCGCCAAGAAGGCCCUCGCCUACGAGGACCGCAUCGCCCGCCUCGAAGCCGAGAUCGCCCGUCGUGCCGGCAGCGCCGCGCGCCCCAAGGCCAAAGCGAAGCCCACCUCGGUGCCGGAGGAGGCCCAGAAAGCGGAGGAAGCUCCAGAGAAAGAAAAGAAGACAACGCCACCGCCGCCGCCACAAGUGACAGAGUUGGACCAUGGGGCCGUCGCCGAAGCCAAGCGCGUGGUGGAAAGCAUCCGAACAGACAGGCUUGUGAACUGCGAAUGGGAAGAAGGCAUCACAGAAGAGGUGAAAGCAGGGCUCCUGGGCAUGCGCAGGUCCCUGUGCGCUGCAGUGGAAAGGCUGGCGAUGGACCUUUAUGCAGAUGAGUGCCAUUGCCUGUGGGAGCUCAUACAGAAUGCUGAUGACAACAAGUAUGACAGCGGCGUGCAGGUGCCGGAGCUUUCCCUGGCCUUAGAUGUGGACCCUUCCCAUGGAGCCUUUGUCUGGACCUCGAACAACGAGAUCGGUUUGACUGCUGAG